ACGAAACUCGCGUUCUAUCGACUACCUUACAUACCCGAGUGCAUAACUAACGCGAUCAACUUACCUAUAGUAUAUUUGAAAAGCUCAAGGGCUGGCGAGUUGGUGAUGCAAAAUCUUACGAGUGAAAACUCGAGCAUUAUCGAAUUAAUGACGACCGGCUUAAAUGGGACAAUUGAAAAUACUAACGAGAAGGAUGAUCCGCGAGAUGAGUAUUUGGCAAGUUGGGAAAUCGCGACACUCGCUGCGAUGUUCGUUGCGGCCGUGGCUGGAAAUUCUUUGGUGCUGCUCGCCCUUUAUCUCAGGAAAUACGAUGCUCCCAAGAAGAACUUGACGAGAAUGCACUUCUUUAUCCUACAUCUUAGCGUAGCGGACGUCUUGACGGCAAUUCUAAACGUAUUCCCUCAGCUCGCUUGGGAGAUUACUUUCAGGUUUCAAGGUGGGCCGAUUCUUUGCAAAUUAGUCAAGUUCGGUCAACCGCUCGGCCCUUACCUGAGCUCGUACAUUUUGACGGCGACGGCACUGGAUAGAUAUCAAGCAGUUUGCCAUCCGCUCACCUAUUCCAGCUUUACGUCCAGGAGGUCGAAAAUUACCGUUUGCCUUGCAUGGUCUUUAUCCUUGGCAUUCUGCACACCGCAGUUGAUUGUUUUUUCGUACCAAGAGGCCUCGCCGCAUAUUUGGGACUGCUGGGCUACCUUUGACCCGCCAUCCGGGGAACGGGCUUACGUAACAUGGUACAGCAUAUCAAUAUUUAUACUGCCGCUACUGGUUCUCGUCUAUACCUAUGCUUCUAUAUGCUUUGUGGUAUGGAAUAAUACCGGAAUCGUCGGAGAGGCACACGAUACGAACGGUGGUCUACUUCGUCAACGGACAAUCAUUUCCCGUGCAAAAAUCAACUCGAUCAGACAAAUGAUUGCCGUCAUUACCUUCUACGCUGUUUCCAGCAGUCCCUUCAUCGCAUCUUUACUUUGGGUAACAUGGGAUCGGAAUGCCUCAACAUCACCUUAUUUUGACGGUGCUGCAUUUGCCAUCCUCACUCUGAUGAGUAGUUUGAACAGCUGCGUCAAUCCGUGGAUAUAUCUUACGUUGAAUCGCGAACUCUGGCUAGCCUUGAUCGACCGAAUUUGCCCUUCGAGAAGGAAUCGCGAAGAAACUCGGAGGAAUUGUCGUAAAUGCAAGUAUACCGCACAUUAUAUCUAUCGUGUGUGUGCGCCCGUGCGUGCGCGUGUGUCUGUGUAAAUAUAUGUAUGUACGUAUUGUAUCUAUAACAAUUAUGACUAUAACAGUACGUGCGUACAAGUAUACAACGAACGAAUGCCUACAACACGAAAAACAUUGAAUUGCACACAUCAACUACCGUAUAAUCUUUCCCACCGCGUGCAGUAACAAUCCUUGGUAGGGAAAAAAUUUGUCAAAAAAUGAAGGGGUAGUCGUCACCUUGUUAGGUUGACUCGGAGUUGCGCUCUCCCG